CUCUGUGUUGUUGUACACGGCGGACACGCAGACAUGACGUCACAGGCGCGAUGGAUUCCUCAUCUUCUUCUUCUUCUUUUUUUGACUUUUGCAGCAUAAAGGGGACCCAGUGAGUGUGCGCGUGCGUGGCGGCGAAAGAGUAGCAAGCAGGUUUCUUCCUCUCCCUGUGACAUCAUCGCAUCAUGCCUGAGGGGUCACGGCGGGGCAGUCCCAGAUCGUCCGGCAAAGCAGCUGCCAAGCGUCCCUCCUCGGUGUCCUCGCUGAGCGGGAUUGUGGGUAGGAUGAUGUCCUCGGCCGAGCGAGGAGCCUCGUCCUCCUCGUGCACGUCCGUCAACACCGUCUGCUCUGACUGUGAGCGACCCACCUCGCUGUCCCUGUCCUCCUCCACCUCCUCGGUGUCCCUCCAGGACGCCUCGCACUCCUCCUCCUCGUCCUCGUCUUCGUCCUCGCUGCCGUACGGCGCCGUGCCGACCUACAACGCCUCCUUGUCGUCGUCGUCCACGCCCAAGAGGAACGGUUCGGACAUCAGCCUGGACCUCACCCCCCUUGUCACGCCACACGCCGCGGGAGGCCGCGUCGCCAAGGUGUGCAGGCCCAUUGGAAGUCUGGCUAAUCCUGUGGCGGGGGCGUCAGGGGCGCCGCCCAGGCAGCUGUCGCGGCUGGAGCGAGUGGUGAUGGAGAUCGUGGAGACGGAGCAAGCAUACGUGAGGGAUCUGAAGAGCAUCGUGGAGGACUAUCUGGGCUGCAUCAUCGACUUCGGUGGUCUCCCUCUGGCGCCAGAGCAGGUCAGCACGUUGUUCUGCAACAUCGAGGACAUCUACGAGUUCAACAGUGAACUUCUGGAGGAUUUGGAAAGGAGCCCUCAUGCCGCCGCCAUCGCUGACUGCUUUGUGGAAAGGAGUGAAGCGUUUGACAUCUACACGCUGUACUGCAUGAACUACCCCAAUUCUGUGGCAGUUCUGAGGGACUGCAUGAAGAACCAAAGCCUGGUCCGCUUCUUCCAGGAGAGACAGACAACUCUCAACCACUCCUUACCUCUGGAGACGUACCUCCUCAAACCUGUGCAGCGCAUCCUCAAGUACCACCUCCUGCUACAGGAACUCUCCAAGCACUUGGACAAGAGCGAUCCGGGCUACGAGGUGGUGGAGGACGCCAUCAUCACCAUGACGGCGGUGGCCUGGUACAUCAAUGACAUGAAGAGGAAACAGGAGCACGCCAUCCGUUUGCAGGAAAUCGAGUCCCUGCUGGUGAACUGGAACGGUCCAGACCUGAGCGGCUUUGGUGAGCUGGUCCUGGAAGGUUCCUUCAAGGUGCAGCGGGUGAAGAAGGAGCGAGCGUUCUUCCUGUUCGACAAGAUGCUGCUGAUCGCCAAAAAGCGCGCGGAUCAGUUUGUGUACAGCACGCACAUCUUCUGUUGCAAUCUGCUCCUCGUCGACACGCUGAAGGAGCCGCUGUGUUUCCGAGUGUCCGACCUGAUGAUCCCCAAACAGCAGCACGUGGUCCAGACUAAAAACAUGGAGGAGAAGAGGCUGUGGGUGCACUACCUCAAGAAACUCAUCGUCGAAAACCAUCCCGCUUUGCUACCACACAAGGCCAGACAGGUCCUGGGAGACAACUUCUACCAGUCCCCACAGCUGAACCAGGACCAGCUGAAGAAGUCUUCAGCUUCCCCACGACUGGAUGACAUUCAAUCUUAUCACCGCGGCAGACGGCAGUCAGAACCACCAGAACUGCUGACGUAUACGCCUGAAAAGAACAGGAAGGGUCUGCCGUUGUUGCUGGAGGGAAAUCUGCCGUACAGACGAACCAGGAGACAGUCGGCGCCAGCAAAGGACAUCGAAGCAGCGUUUCAUCCGCACGGUGAGCAAGUUCCUCUCACUAAAACAAUCCGUUGAUCAAGCCAAGCGCUUGCAGCAGUUUUAGCUUCAGCAAUUAUGUAGACACCGUUCACGCUUGACUCAUGUCUGUGUUUGUAAAACUAAUAAGCUCCAGUUGUGCUUCAGAUGUGGAACGGAAUGGCAAUAAAGACAAGCCACAGUGUCUCAGGUCCAAAUGGUUUUAGAGUGUAAGACUGAUUUAGGAGCAAAGGAAGCGUUGUGCGUGAAAGCUGUGUUGCAAGCGUUAUAAAGACUUUGAAUACCUAAAAUAAAUACUCAUAAAAAUCCUUGCUAUCAACAGCGUUGCGGAAAUCCAUCUACCAAGGGGGGAUCCAGAAUGUAACCCAUGCUAAAAUCGAGGGAAAACUGCAUUCUUAGAGAAUACAAAGAAAAAUGUACUAAUUCUACAAGUCAUUUGAAUAAGGACACAAAAAGCAUUAAAGAAAGUGGAUCUCUUGAAGUACGCCUUUAGCCAGUGGUCACCAGCCUUUUCCAGCCCAAGAUCCUUGGUCUCAGCUAAAAAACAAAACAAGAUAUAUACUUGCGUCAUCUAUGUUGUUUUUUUCAUGAUGUGCCUAGGGCCAAUAACAAACGAGUCAUGGACCACAGAUGGUCCCUGUGCCGCACCUUCGGCACCCCUACUGUAGAAGCUAACUGUUUAUGGCCACUAUACUGUACUAUAUUCGUUCAUCCUAUGGUCACAUGGAUGCGAGUCACAUGGUUAUCUUACGUCGGCGCCGGAAGUAGUAAAAUCAACUGUUCAGCUGGCGGGUAUUUCCUGCGGGAUAAAUGAGGGAAUCAAUGGAGAAGUUCUUCUUUAGCUUCUGCCUUGUUUUAUCAUAUAUUACUACCUUUGAACAAGUCAAUGUUUCCUUUUGUAUAUACAGUAUAACUCAACACAAAAUUUGGAGCAAUGUUCACAGACUCUAGUAUUUGGCUUGUUCGCUUCCCGUCGCAGGCGAGCGAGGAUGGUUGAGGGAAGAGUUGUUUGAUGUUGGAUGCUAGAAAAUGUCCGAUUUGUUGCAACAAUCAGCCUUAAUGCAUUGUGGCAGCUCGAUGAUUUUUGAGCAGGUCAUGCAAAGCAUGUUUGCGAGACGAGCGGGUGAAGUGUGCCGCUGUGCUCGAGGGGCUGUGUCCGAGAUGUCAAGAGCCCCGGGAUGAGAGGCUGAAGAGAGAGAGGCGAGGCGUGCGGGCGUGUUCAAGGGUUAAAAUGUGUGCCUAUCAAAAAGUCUGUUGGUCACUCUCCUGGUGGGCGUGUCACUGAUAUCAUAUUAGUACAUGUUUAUUUUUUUAAUA